CGUUCAGUCAACAUGCGUUCCUCCCACAACUGUGUAUCCGGAGACCACCAUUCUUUUUUUGCGUAAAUAGAGUGAUAUUAUAGUACCAGUGUGCAUCAACAAAAUUGACCGCAUAACAUAUUUGAUUAUUACGCCAAGUGCAUGAAUUGGGAUGUCUGCAACGGACUGGUACGCGCACAAAUCCAUCGGAGAAGGUCUGUACUGGAUCCAGGAGAAGUUUUUUGAUUCGUCAAACAGAGCAAAUAUUUGGCUCCUUCGAGGAUCUCACCAAGAUGUAGUGAUAGACACAGGCUUGGGGUUGAGGAGUUUACCAGAUUACAUUAACACCAAAUGUCUGCUUGGAGACGACCCGCAGCGAAAGAACCCCAUUUUGGCGAUCGCCACCCACGCCCACUUCGACCACUCAGGUGGUCUGCAUCAGUUCGAACUGGUGGGAGUCCACAGUGCAGAGGUCGAUGCACUGGCCAACGGAGACAACUACGAGACCGUUACGUGGCUGUCUGACAGAGAGAUAGUCCAGGCUCCCUGGCCAGGAUGGAGGGCCAGAGGAUACAGGGUCAAGGCUGUACAACCAACACACAUACUACAAGAAGGUGAUGUCAUCAACCUGGGCGACAGGCAGCUGAAGGUGCUGCACAUGCCCGGCCACUCCCGGGGCAGCAUCUGCCUGCACGACGGGGACAACAAGAUGCUGUUCAGCGGGGACGUGGUCUAUGACGGAGCCAUAAUCGACUGGCUGCCCACCAGCCGUGUCAGCGACUACGUCAGUAGCUGUGAGCGCCUGGUGGGGCUGGUGGAUAGUGAGCAGGUGGACCAGGUAAUGCCUGGACACUAUCAAACGUUUGGUGCAAAACGGCUCCACCACAUCGCCUCGGGGUACAUCGACAGAGCCGGCACCUGCCCAGCACGCUUCUCCACGUUUGCCUGGAGGACCUUGGCCGGAUUGGCGCUACGGGCAUCCAACACACAUGGCAUCUGCUAGCCACAUGGCAUCUGCUAGCCACAUGGCAUCUGCUAGCCACAUGGCAUCUGCUAGCCACAUGGCAUCUGCUAGCCGUAUGGGAUCUGCUAGCCACAUGGCAUCUGCUAGCCACAUGGCACCCCCAGUUUGAAUCUUUUGCAGAGUUAGGUUGGGGGAUGUGAGGAAUAUAAUUCACCCCCUCAAUUAACAGGAUUUCCUUGUACUGUCUAUUAUAAACUGAUGUGAUCCAAAGUAUGUUAUUUUAAAUGAUUCAUCAAAAUGCCCCCAUUGAAUUAGAUCAGGCAAUGAUUGACAGAAUAUUGAGAUUCCCAUUAUUACAGGAUUCAUUAAAGACUGGAAAAUAAACCUUGUUUAUUAUGUAAUAUUAAGAUAAAUAUUAGGUUGUGUGAUCGUUGGAAUGCUCUUUCCCAUGAGGCAGCCUCUCAUAUGACAGUGUUUCUUAACCCCAGUACCUCAGGAGUCCCCACAACUACUCAAGCUCUUGAUCAUUAGUUGAGUAGCUGAAUCAGGUGUGCUGUCGCUGGGCUAAAACAUAUUUAAGAAACCUUAGGGAGGCCCGCUUGGACUGGAGAUGAAUAACAUAGCUCCCUUUAGAGGACACAAUGUGACAGCACAACACCUACACAGAGACAGACUGACAGACAGACAGGGCAUGACUCAUCAGUAUCUUUUAUAACAUUGUCCCCAGGCUAAGAGAGAGGGAGACAGCCAGCUGGUGGAGGAGACCUAUAUAUUUUGUAACACUAGUCUCGGGCGGGCCAAGUUUUUUUUCGGGCCGCCUAUGAAUAAAAUAAAAAUAUAUUUUUUGUCAGUGUUA